ACAAAACAAAAAAACAAGACCAACCUGUUGCUCAGCCCACUCAAAGAGAGGACAAGUUUGUUAGAGCUUUGUUUUCAACAUGAGUGUUAUAUCCCGUGCUCACAAUGGACACAUAGUAGCCUUGUAGUAUUAGUAGGGGUGGAUCUAGAGAGUGGCGAGAGGGUUCGAGGGAACUUUGUGGCUAGUGCUUGUUACAGGUGGAACGAAGCAACGACAGUCUGCGAUGAAGCCGAGCACCAACUUUCCGGAGCUCCUGGAUUUGAGCUUUCUGUCCGCAGACGAGGAAGCGGCAAUCCUUAAAGUUUUGCAGAGAGAUGACGAGUUGAGAAAGUGUGACACCGGACGGCAAAGGCGGCUGAAGGCCACCACCCCAGACCCUACGCAGGUGAGGGUCAUGACGGGUGAGUGGUUCGAGGAUCUGAAGGCGAAACGUUACGGCCAGCCAUGCGACAUCACAGCUGUCGUCAAGUCCUCAAUGAGGAAAAAGAGAACACCAGCACCCAAGAUUAACCCCUUCAUGACUUACACUGCAACAGAAGGCCGGGGAGACUCAAAUCAGUUAUCCACCUCCAGGCAUCUUCCGGCUUUUGCUGAAGAGACAUACCGGGAAUACACUGAUGAAGAUUUCGAUCUGAACGAUGAGCCGUCCUCUGACAUUGGCCGACAAAAGUCGCAAAGCUACCGCGAUGAAGGGGCAAAGCAGCCUGCUGGAAAAUCCUCUAACCCUUUCGUCGACACACACUCACACACCUCCGCCAGCGCUGCUGCUGCCAGUGUGCCUGGCAAUCAUUCACCAGGAGUAAACGAUUUACCUCCUGCCGAGAACAGGAGUUUUGCCUUCAUGCCUUUCAAGUCCAGCGCCACCUCGAAGGAUGCUGUCACGCCGGCUCACGAGUCGAGCAGAAUGGUGUCUCUCCCUCCCGCUUUGCGCAAAGGGGCAUCUGUGGAGGACAGCUGGGUGAAGAUAUCUGUUGAACCCAACACCGUGACCCAGUCUGACUUGAAGCGUGAUGGAUACGAGGGGUCUGAGGCCCAUACUAGUUGUUCGUCGUCAGACUCCGAAGAGUCCCAGUCUGUCCCUCAAACGCCCUGUGACCCGGUCCUUCUGCAAUACAAGGAGAAUGUCUCGGACGACGUAAACAUUUCUCACGUAAGCGAGAGGCCUCUGCCUCAGCGGAGAACAUUUGUAAAGAGAAGCGCUGAUUCUGACACAGCAGAAUGCGCAGAGCCUGAAACCACAAGUUCACUCUCCUCAAACUCCACCACUGAGCCAGCGGAAGUGAUAAGUUAUGAAGUGGCUUCCUUCAGAUCUCAAUCUCCAGAUGUCACUUCCUGCUCUAGCAGUGAGCCCGCAGAGGUUCUCGAGAAAAGUCUGUUUGAGAUGGAGGGGCCAGAGAUGAUUACACUGAAGCAACAGCCCCGGAUGGACUUCGGUUAUCUAUCCCACAGUGCCUCACAUUCUCCACAAGUCACAGGCAGUGAGGAGUUUGAAAACAUACAGGUGCUGUCCAGCACAAAAGAUGUGGAGGAGAGUCCACCGAGAGAGGACUUGCACGGUAGUGCUUACAUAUUUGGCAAAACGGGCUCACAUUCAGCAGAGUUCAAAAGCAGGGAAACAGAGGAUGAGACAGUUGGUGAUAACAAAGCUCUUGGCAUUAAAUACAAGGCCUUCGAGCCAGCCCGGCUUAAUGAAGUUCCCUCAGUAGAGAGUCAAGACUCUCCAGUGGACACCAGCGAGUCUAUUCAGUAUGCUGGCCGCGAACGGCCAGAGGACAAAUUAGUUGAUUUUGGGGAGUCUCCUGAGGUGGAAUAUGAGAUUCCAAAACGGAGCGCUCGUUCCUUCCUAGUUGCUCAUGCAGAAGAUGAAAUGCUAUCUAGCGAUUUAAGCGGCUCACAAUUAGGUGACGGGCAUCGUGCCAAGCAGACAGAAAACAGCUAUAUCAGAGAGGACAGUUUUGAGGUCCGUAGCAAAGAAGAUGAAUUGGAAAUAAAUGAGAGGGGUACUGAGACUAAAUUGCCGGCUGCACAAACAGAGGUCCCGUGGGGCAGAGACCAAAUGGAACUGGACGACACUCUCUCUGAGAUAAGCCUUGGAGGAGAGUCACAUUCCUCGUCUAUAACGACGUCGGGCUCGGCCAUGGGGGAGAAGGACGCGGCGUGGAGCAUGCCUGCAAAUGUCCACAGCGCCCGAAUGAAGCCUGCGAGGGCCCUCAGAGUCUUGCCGUCGCAACCGAGUGACGAUUACAUGACCAGCGCACAGGACGUUCACACACUCUCAGAGGAAGUGACCGUGGGCGAGAUCAGAGGCGCCACAAAACCUCAUGGUUACGAUCAAGAGGAUACGUGGCCCCUGUCCGCCAAGUCCCAAGAGGUCAGCCGAGACCUGGCGACGGGCACCUCCUCAUUGGCCCCUGGUUUAGUGGAAGAGACGGUGUCAACUGGUGCGCCACGACGCGACACAGAUGGGGAUGUUAGUGACGAUCUAGAGCUCAGUGGCAGCGACUCCACGGGGAGUGUGAUAUUCAGUGAGACGCUUAGUGGAGACGGCAGGCAGGAGAUGCGCAAGAGGGAUGCUGAUCUGCCUGAACGCGUCGAAGCGUCUGAAGGCUCGCCCUUUGAAACGCGGCAGGGAAACCCCUUUGCGUCUGCCGCUGUCGGUGAUGUGCAUGUGUCUGAGGAGAGAAGCGUGACCCCUGAACAUGUGUCCUCAAGUGUUGAUGUACGUCCUCUUAGGCCCGAAGACCAGCCCAACCCAACUGUACAACUGGGAAAUGGAAAUUACAAAAUACCGGCCAUAGUCGUCAUGCCCUCUGAGAAGGCUGGUGGAAUCAAAGAGGGAGGGCCACUGUCUGAAGCAACCAAAGGGAUUGUUGCAUCCAACGCUGAAUGGGAGGAUGAGGGACUCGACUCGGGCGAUGACCAGAGCUCAGUGUCCAGCUACGGGUCCGAGCUCUCGGGCAGGAAGAGUCACCUGUCGAGCGCAUUAUCUGCAGGGCGUAUGGGCAGUUUGAUGAGCAUUUACAGUGACGCCGGGGAUUAUGGGAAUGUGCUGGUUCAAGGCGCGGUGGAGUUCGCAAUGAUGUUCAGCCCGGCUGAAGAGCUUAUCAUCAUGGUGGAACAAUGCCAAGACCUGGCCUAUGGCAGUGCACGCAAACAACGCACCGACCCAUAUGUGAAGACAUACCUCCUCCCGGAUAAAUUCCGACGCACAAAGAGAAAGACCUCCAUUAAGAAGAACACAAACAGCCCAGUUUAUGUCGAAUCGCUCAGGUACAAGAUUAAAAAGAAAGAUUUGAUGGACAAGACGUUGCACAUGUCCGUCUGGCACAACGACUCCAGGGGCCGAAACGUCUUUCUGGGCCAGGUGGAGCUCAACCUGAAGACGUGGGACUGGGGACACGAGGCACUCACCUGGUACAAUUUACAGGCCAAGGGUGGUGAGGGGCAGGAAUCUCUGGACUAUCGAGGAACAUUGUCUGUCGCACUGAAAUAUAUACCUCAAGUGUCAGCAGGUGGGUCCAAGCAGAACACUGGAGAAGUUCACGUGUGGUUGAAAGAAGCUAAAGAUCUCUGUCAGCUGAAGUCUAAUAGUGUGGACUCCUUUGUGAAGUGUUACAUGCUGCCGGACACGAGUAAGAAGAGCCGCCAGAAGACGAGGGUGGUGAAGAAGUCUCAGAGCCCCGUGUACAACCACGCCAUGGUGUUCGACGGCUUCAGGGCGGGUGAGGUGCGAGAGGCCUGCUGCGAGCUGACCGUCUGGGACCACCACAAGCUCUCCAAUCAGUUCCUCGGCGGGCUGCGACUCAGCGCGGGCACAGGCCAGAGCUACGGCAAAAAAGUGGACUGGAUGGACUCGGUGAAUCAGGAGGUCGACAUCUGGGAGCAAAUGUUGGCCAAGCCAAACAACUGGGUGGAGGCGGUCAUCCCCCUCCGCUCCUCCAUGUCCCCUCAGAAGUGAAGUCUUCGUUUGGAGGACACAAGAAUGAAGGUCAUAUGAGUGUCUACUGACUACGUGCAAAACUACCAAUGACGUGGGCUUGAUGUUUAUGGAAUAGUUAUUCUCACUGGCAGAUAUCUGUGACUCAGCCAGUUGUUGUAUAUAAUACGAAAUGUUAGUGACGCAAAGCUACCGCUGCUGUAUCUCCCUCCAUCUCCACUUUUCCCAGAAAUCGUUGUCUUUUCAGAUGCAACUAAAUGAGAUGUUUACUUAGAAGGUUCUCUGAUUGGAAUAAAUAAC